AUGUCCCUUGAGUCCGACUCAGCGGUCCCUUCCUCGAGCAGAGACUGGUACUUUCCCUCACCGCCCUUCAUCCACGCGGCAAAAUCCCGAAAAUACCACCGAAGAUUCUCCACAAACCCCAGACCAUCCCCCUCCGAUUCUCAGCUGCCAUUUGCCGCCGGCGUUUCGUCUCCCAAUCCGGCUACGCCGUUUCGUGCCGUUCCUCCGAGAACUUUCAGCCAUGAAAGGCCCCGCCGGAGAGUUGACUUCUCCCGCCGGCGAGAUAAGCCGCCGCGAACAGAUGUCAACCAGCCCGUUUCCGGCGUCCCCGACGGCCUCUCCAAUAAACGAUCGGAGGCGUCCGGCGACAAGUUCAUUAGGUUUGCCGGGCCCAGCUUCAAGCUUCGGUGGAAAAUGGCCUUUUCGGUAUCGAUUUUGAUGACAGUUUUCUCAUCAGUUGUGUACCAAAAUUUCUGUUUACAUAGCCAAGUGGAUGAGCUGCAGAAUUAUAUUUCCAAGCUUGAAUUUAGAUUACAAGCCUCCCAUUCGUCAGACUCUAUGGAGCUCAUCAGUUAUUCUGAGCCGGAGGGUGAUCUUCCCAACAGAAGCUUGAAACGAUUAGCUCUUAUGGUCUCCCUCAUACUUUUGUCAGUCCCUGUUGUAGUUUUCAAGUACAUUGACUACGUCUCGAGAUCACGAUCACCAGAGAACAUCUCUGAAGAAGAGUCUCUAAACAAGCAGCUAGCGUACCGUGUUGAUUUGUUUUUAUCAGUCCACCCGUAUUCUAAGCCAUUGGCCUUGUUGGUUGCAACACUAUUGCUUAUUUGUCUCGGGGGGUUAGCACUCUUUGGAGUGAAAGAUGAUAGCUUAGUGGAGUGUCUUUGGUUAUCGUGGACGUACGUAGCUGAUUCAGGCAACCAUACUGACUCUGAAAAAAUUGGCGAAAGGCUUGUUUCAGUUUCCAUUAGCUUUGGUGGGAUGCUGAUAUUUGCAAUGAUGCUUGGACUUGUCUCUGAUGCAAUUUCGGAGAAGUUUGACUCAUUGAGGAAGGGAAGAAGUGAGGUUGUGGAGCAAAACCAUACUUUAAUCCUUGGUUGGAGCGAUAAGUUGGGAUCACUGUUGAACCAGAUUGCGAUAGCCAAUGAGAGUUUGGGUGGAGGGAUUGUUGUAGUUAUGGCUGAGCGAGACAAAGAGGAAAUGGAACUUGACAUUGGCAAAAUGGAGUUUGAUUUCAAGGGAACAUCUAUAAUAUGCAGAAGUGGGAGCCCUCUUAUUCUUGCUGACCUGAAAAAGGUAUCUGUCUCGAAGGCACGUGCAAUAAUUGUCCUUGCUGAAGAUGGAAAUGCUGAUCAGAGUGAUGCCCGUGCAUUGAGAACUGUUUUAAGCCUGACUGGAGUGAAAGAGGGGCUGAGAGGACAUAUUGUUGUUGAACUAAGUGAUCUUGACAAUGAGGUUCUUGUUAAACUUGUUGGUGGAGAUCUUGUUGAAACUGUUGUGGCUCAUGAUGUAAUUGGUCGUCUGAUGAUUCAAUGUGCUAGGCAGCCUGGACUUGCACAGAUUUGGGAAGAUAUCCUUGGGUUUGAAAAUUGUGAGUUCUAUAUCAAAAGAUGGCCACAGUUGGAUGGCAUGCAUUUUGAGGAUGUUCUGAUCAGUUUUCCUGAUGCUAUUCCUUGUGGAGUCAAGGUUGCAUCAUUGGGUGGUAGAAUUAUUUUGAACCCGGAUGACUCUUAUGUUCUACAAGAAGGCGAUGAAGUACUUGUCAUAGCAGAGGACGACGAUACCUAUGCUCCUGCAGAAUUGCCUAUGGUCAAAGAGGCAUCUUUCAUUCAAAUUUCCCGAACAGCAAGAAAGCCACAGAAGAUUCUACUUUGUGGAUGGAGGAGGGACAUAGAUGAUAUGCUUGUGGUGUUGGAUGCCUUUCUAGCCCCUGGUUCCGAGCUCUGGAUGUUCAAUGAGGUUGCAGAGAAGGAGAGGAAAAAGAAGCUCAUUGAUGGCGGUCUUGAAAUCAAUCGUUUAGUUAAUAUAUCUUUAGUUGACCGUGAAGGAAAUGCUGUCAUACGGCGUCAUUUAGAAAGCCUUCCUUUGCAAUCUUUUGAUUCGAUCUUAAUUUUGGCUGAUGAGUCUGUGGAAGACUCAGCAAUUCAAGCUGAUUCAAGAUCUCUUGCCACUUUGCUUUUGAUUCGCGAUAUUCAGGCCAAGCGUCUCCCUAUGGUAACACAUGUUGAAAGAGGAAGCUUCUCACAAAGUUCAUGGAUAGGGGAAAUGCAACAAGCUUCUGAUAAGUCGGUUAUAAUUAGUGAAAUCCUGGACCCAAGGACCAAAAAUCUAUUAUCCAUGUCAAAGAUCAGUGACUAUGUGCUAUCGAAUGAGCUUGUCAGCAUGGCCCUCGCUAUGGUAGCAGAGGAUCGGCAGAUAAAUGAUGUGUUGGAAGAGUUGUUUGCGGAGGAGGGAAACGAAUUGCAAAUAAGGCAAGGAGAUCUUUAUCUCCAUGAAGAUGAGGAGUUGAGCUUCUAUGAAGUACUGUUGCGUGCACGACAAAGGCGAGAGGUCAUGAUUGGUUAUCGUUUAGCUGAUGCUGAGAGAGCUGUCAUCAACCCUCCUGCUAAAACUGAGAGACGAAGGUGGUCAGUGAAGGAUGUAUUUGUGGUGAUUGCAGAGAAGGAAUGAUUCUGAAAUCAACAGUGAAGGAACUAUUAGAAAUUCUAUAGUACGGGAUGGUCAUUCUUGGAAGAAAGUCCCUGGCUUGAAACUAAGAAAAAGUUGACAAUCGAUGUUCUUUUCCAAAACUCAACUUCAAAAUAGCAGACCAAGCAUGGUAUCUGGGCAGAUUUCGGUUGUCGCUCGGCUGUAUUCUGUUAUCAACAGUGGAUGUUUGCUUUACACAUACAUGAGUCAAAGCUAUGGGAUGUGGCCAUUGAGAGCGAUCAAGUUGGUGCAAGUCACAUUGUUUGUUUUCCUCUACUCAAUCAUGUAGCUAGGCUUCCAUAUCUGAAGCUAUAUUUGUUUCAAUUUAGCCAUCUAAGGUUAGGAGUAUACUUGUACACACAUUUCCAAUAUCAAGUAUGUUUCAG